AUGUCGAAGGUCAUUCGCAGCGUUAAAAAUGUCACCAAGGGCUACUCAAGUGUCCAGGUGAAAGUCCGGGAAGCUACGAGCAAUGACCCGUGGGGUCCGACUGGCGCCCAGAUGACCGAGAUCGCUCAGCUGACUUAUGCUUCGUCGAACGAGUUCUACGAGAUUAUGGACAUGCUCGACAAGCGCAUGAACGACAAAGGGAAGAACUGGAGGCAUGUGCUCAAAGCUCUUAAGGUCCUGGACUAUUGUUUGCAUGAUGGCUCGGAGCUUGUUGUGACGUGGGCACGGGAGAGCAUUUAUGUCAUCAAGACACUACGAGAAUUCCAGUACAUCGACGAUGAUGGCAGAGAUGUCGGGCAGAACGUUCGGGUUGCGGCAAAGGAGUUGACUUCGCUCAUACUGGAUGAGGAAAGACUGCGCAACGAGCGAAGGGAUCGAAAGACAUGGAAGUCCCGUGUGACUGGUCUAGAGGAAUAUGCGCCACAGUCUCAAGGACCGCCCCAAAGACCGGCGAGGGAGCGUCGACGCCCCAGUAUCGACGAGGAGGAUGCCGAGUACAGACUGGCGAUUGAAGCGAGCAAACACCAAGAGGAAGAGGACCGCAAGAGGCGAGAAGGUCGACCGGCGGACGACGUUGAAGAUGACGAUCUGGCGAAGGCCAUCAAACUCAGCAAGGAGGAGGAGGAGCGUCGUCGUCGGGAGCUCGAAGGAAAUAACGCAUUUUCCGUUUUCGACGACACACCUUCGCAGCCUGCCGACCCUCCCCAGGUCCAAUAUACCGGAUUCAACCAGGGCUACCAACAGGGUAGCGCUGUGGACUUCUUCGCCAAUCCCAUUGAUCAGAGCCAGCCGGCCCAAGCACAGCCAACUGGUUACAUGCAAGCUUCUUAUACAGGCUUCCCUUCUCUCCCGCAACAGGGACAGGAGCAACAAAUGGCCAUGGGCUUUGCGAACGGGUAUCCGGGCUAUUCUAUGCAGCCGCAGAUGAAUAUGGGUCCAUUCGGGCAACAGCAACAGCAACAGCAGCAACAGCAGCUGCAGGUUACUGGCAUGCAGGGCUUCCAUCCCCAGCCUACGGGCUACAAUAUCUACCAGCAGCAACAGUCGCCCUCACCACAGGACUCUUUCCAACAAGCCGGCAGUAACAACCCCUGGGCGUCGAACAGCAGCCAGCAGCCGCAAUCGCCAAUGCAGCCCAUGGUGACUGGCUCCAACAACCCCUUUGCAUCCUCAAUUGGGCGGCCGCAGACGCAUAAGGCCCCGUCCAUGCCGUCGCUCGGGACUCUCCCCGAGCAGAAGACUCUGUCUACCUUCAACCAAGUCAAUUCUUCCGGAUCUUUCGGGUCAGGUAGGAAAGAUCUGAACGAGCACGAGGUCAGGUUAAAUGCCCUGCUUUCUAGCGGAGACGGCAUGGACACCUUUGGAAACACCGGCCAGCUGCGUAUCCCAGCGCAGCACACUGCACCCGGUACAUUCGUCAACAGCGCCGGUUCUGGUGCUCAGAGGCUCACGGUGGAUGCUACCGGAAACAAUCCCUUCCUGCGCACUCAGUUUACCGGUAUGCCGACAGUAUCGUACGGGCAUGGUCAGGUUCAAUCUGCAGCAACCGGGAUGCCUGGCAGCAUGAACGGCCAGGGCAACAAUAACCCAUUUGCAGCGAAUCGGCCGCAGCCGCAAAACAACCAGAACCAGGAUUUGAUUCAAUUUUGA